AUGGACACGACCACAAUGUCAGCAUUCGGAAGCUCCCCGUCUCAAAUGCAACAACAAGAUCCACCACCAGCCGAGAAACGGACCAGGCGGGCGAACCGCGCCCGCGUAACCCGUGCCUGUGACCGAUGCAAAAAGCGAAAGACAAGGUGUACUGGCCUACAGCCCUGUCGCCUCUGCGAUGAGGCUGCGGCAACCUGUACCUACAAUGCAGCCUAUCUGAGAGGAAGGUUGCUGCCAGUUACAUCUUCUAGGCCUGCAUCAGGGACUCCCGGCCAUUUUCGGUCUGAAGAACAAGCCAUAGAGUACGCAACUGGGUCAAUCAACGACAUCGUACAAGGAGCCAGCCCGACGCUCGGCUUGCUGCAGGAGAAUGCUGUAGGGGAGCACAGUGACUCUUUCAUAGAUGUCUUGCCGAUAACACACCCUUCUAAAAAUUCGGCACCUGAGCCAGUCUCCAGAGCCUCUCCAGAACCCACUCAGACAGACCUUGAAGGACACUAUGUCGGUCCAUCAUCUGGUGUAUCCUUCCUUUUACGAGUUCAAAAGCGGUUGGAUGAGUCUGUGUCGUUUCCUCAGGGAUCUUCGAUAUUCAAUUUUGGAGACGCUCCGCUUCCAUACUUCGCGGCAUCUGGAGAAAGUCCUCAGACAUAUUCUGACCCAACCUUCUCUCUUAUGUUAGACAAAGCAAACACUGCAAGACUAGUUGGAAGGUUCUUUGACUUUGCUGUUCCCGUCGACCGCUUUUUGCAUCGACCUACAACGGAGAAACUGCUUGAAGAAUUUCACAACACUAUGGGUAGCAUGCUUAACCGUGACGAGGCCCCCGCCCGCACGGCCGUCCUAUUCAUGGUGUUUGCCAUAGCGCAGGAGCACAUGGAAGCCCAGCCAACAUCUGUAUGUUCGGACAUGAGGAGUAUCCGGUAUUUUAUGGCAGCUAGCCAGCAACUGUCCAAAGAGCAGGGGACGGUCCGACUGGAGAGCAUCCAAGCACGGCUUCUGCAAUGUUUGUGGUUAUUAUCUCUAAGCCGGAUAAAUCAUUGCUGGAGCCUUUUUGGAACUGUUGCACGUCUUGCCUUUGCCAUCGGUCUUCACCGUGGGAGAGUUGCGGACUCAUUAGACCACAUCCAGUUAGAAUGUCGUCGCCGCACAUUCUGGAGUGCGUACAGCCUUGAUAACUACUUGAGUACUGCACUGGGAAGACCAAGAACGUUUCAUGAGGACGACAUUGACCAGGAGCUUCCUGCAUCAAUAGAUGAUGAUGACCUGCAGGCUAAUGGAGUGGUGUCACGGUCUAGCCGAGGGCAGUCUGUCAUGCUUGGGCAAGUGGCAUAUUCCAAGCUUUCGAAAAUUCAAAGUGGAAUCCUGCACGACGUAUACUCAAUCCGGCCUACUUCUUUAACUGCCAAAUUUACCCACACUGCGAGAUAUACCACUGAAUUAAAAGCAUGGCGCUCAGACAUGAGUCGUUUUCUCGACCUUGACUUGAACGCCGCGCCGCUAGUGCUAAUCUUCCAGAGGCAAAGAAACGUCCUUAACUUGGCAUACUGGCAUAACAUGAUUCUUACCCACCGCCCGCAUUUGCUGAGCAAUUUUGCCCGGCUGAAAAACAGAAGCCGGAGAGGACGGGUGCAAAAUGAUAGCCAUCGCGCACAGACAGAGGCGAGCGUUCAAGAAUGCUUACAAGCAGCCAUGAAUAUUGUUCGCACCGUCGAUGACAUUAUUCAAGCCGGACAGCUUCAUCGGGCAUUCUGGUUUACGCCUUACUUCGCAUUCUCGGCCUCGGUGAUAUUAUAUGUCUACACCAUACAGAAUAGCAAUAAGCCUGACCAGACUUACCGUCCACACUACGACGCUGCAGAACGAUGCCAAGGGCAGAUAGCAAACAUAGCAAAACCAGGGUCGUUAACAUCCCGCUAUUGUCUCAUCCUCGAAGAACUACGUUCUGAGGCAACAAGACAAAUGAAUAACCCCCAGAAUCAAGCGAGAGAUGCCAACCAGAACCUAGCGGCUUUGGAAGACGUAAUGGCAUCAUCCGCGGGUGCCAAUGGGCAUGACGAAGCAUUUUUGUCGCAACGGACGGUGGCGGAAAUGCAGGACUCUGAAGGAUUUCCCGACUUCAACGUCAGCCCCAGUGACUCCUUGGAGGAUCUGACAGGUUGGGGCCAAUUUGACUCUAUGGUCAUGUCUGGACUUAGGGGUUUGGAAGGUUUACUCGAUAAUGAACGGUUCGGCUCGGCCCAACAAUUCAUUUGA